AUGUCCGCGCCGCCGCUCACGCUCUACAAGCAGCUGAUGCGAGAAGCCAAGCGGUUCCAAAACUACAACUUUAGAGAGUACGCCAUCCGGCAUGUGCGGGACGACUUCCGCCGGAAUGCCGGCCUGCAGGGGGAGAGCGCGGCGCGAGAGCUCGAGCAUGGGCGGCUCGAGCUCGAGAAGCUCCGCCGAAUGGCUACCGGCAAGCACGCCAUGGAGGACUGA